AUGAAGUCAUUUACUUCCGCCGGCGCCAUUGCGCUCUUGGCGUCAACGGGUUUCGUCAACGCCCAGCAGUCACCUUACAGUAUCUCAAGCACAGACGCCAUUAAGAAAUCAGCCAAGCAACUCGCCGCUGAUCUGAUUACAUACUACCAUGGAAACGACCCUGGUGGUAUUCCAGGUAUCCUGCCUGGUCCUCCUCCCGCCGGUGACUACUACUGGUGGGAAGGUGGUGCGAUGUGGGGGACGUAUAUGGAUUACUGGAAGUGCACUGGCGAUACGAAAUACAACGACCUCGUCAUGCAGGGCAUGCAAUUCCAAGUUGGAGACGACCAAGAUUACCAGCCCAGCAACGUUACUCUAUCUCUCGGAAAUGACGAUCAAGGUUUCUGGGGCAUGUCUGCCAUGUUAGCUGCUGAGCUGGCAUUCCCCAACCCUCCCUCAGACCAGCCUGGUUGGCUUGCGCUCGCCCAAGCUGUUUUCAACACUCAGGCCAACCCUGACCGACACGACGAUACUUGCGGUGGUGGUCUCCGAUGGCAGAUUCCUCGAACAAACAACGGUUACGAUUACAAGAACAGUAUCGCUAACGGUUGUUUCUUCAACCUGGGUGCUCGACUUGCUCGAUACACCGGUAACACGACCUACUCCGACUGGGCUGAGAAGACCUGGGACUGGAUGGAGGGCGUUGGUUUCCUCGACCCCACCACAUAUAAGGUUUAUGAUGGCGGUCAUGUAGGAAAGAACUGUACCGAUAUCAACAAGGCCCAGUUCUCUUACAACUCUGGUGUUUUCCUUCAGGGAGCUGCCUUCAUGUACAACUACACUGAGGGCUCGGAGAAGUGGGAAAAGCGUCUGGACAAGCUCGUUGAUGCGACCAUCUCGAACUUCUUUCCUAAGGACAUUGCUGUCGAAAUCGCUUGCGAGAACGCUGGUACUUGCACCACCGAUAUGUACUCCUUCAAGGGUUACGUGCACCGCUGGAUGUCACAGGCGACUCAUCUUGCUCCUUUCAUCCGACCCAAGAUUCUCCCUGUUCUCGAGAAGUCAGCUCAAGCUGCCAUCAACCAAUGCACUGGUGGCGAGGAUGGCCGUACCUGUGGCUUCAAGUGGGCUAGCGGCAAAUUCGACGGCAAGACCGGUGCCGGCCAGACGAUGAACGUUCUCGCAGCCGUGUCAUCUCUGCUCAUGGAGAACACCCCUGCUCCCGUCACAGCAAAGAAGGGAGGUACCUCCAAGGGUAACCCCAACGCCGGCAGCGUCGGAGACGGCAAGAUCGACCGAAACUUCCCUCCUCUCAGCACCGCCGACAAGGCCGGUGCUGGCAUUAUUACCUUCCUGGUCUUGUCCAUUGCCUGCGGCAUGUUUGGCUGGAUGAGUCUGGGCAAAUAA